ACUUGAUCUUGUGAAACAAAGGAUCUCGCGUCGUCAUUAUGCAAGCUCUGGUCGUUUUUAUCUCGGCUAUAGUGGUGUGCUACGGUGCUACCACAACACAUCGUCCCCACAGCACGCACGCCCACACAGGGCACCACUCAACCAUGGCCCACGUCACCCAUGAACCCAGCGAGGUCGAGUCCAUAUCGUUUGAGUUCAAUGGAAAAAACGGGUCAUCUUAUUAUAAAGGUUCGUCCCGACAAGAACACGACAAACUGCUACGUCGCAACACUAAGUGACGCUGAGCACGCGCAGAUCCACACCGACACCGGCAUGAGGGCAGUCGAGUUGAGUCUGCUCGCCGGGCUGUCUACCGCAACCAUGGUUACGGACAUGACGACUCUGGACCAACAAGACGUUCACACCUGCGGUCUUCACAGCGCUACACCACCCAAUUUUUACACCAUCGUGGCCUCAAUGGCCGCGAGAUAGAUUUAAUGGUAUUGAGAUAUUGACUUAAUUAGCACU